CCGCAAUGGCAGGCUAACAUUUUCCUUCUGCAACAUUUCCCUCUUUGUUAAUAGUGUAGUUAACCGAUAAGUAUAAGCCGAGUGAUAUAUAUUGAUGCUAGUUUGUAUUGGAUGUCAGUUUAAAUCAUAAAUGAUGGUUGGACACGGUGAAGAAAUGAUUGUGAGGCCACAAUUAUCUCCCCGUCAAUCUCAAUCACAACAGCCAGAUUUACCGGUCUUUAUACCACCGAGAAAACGGCUCGCCGGGAAGAAGACUCCGCUUGGCAAUCACGUAGAUCAUAUAGCAAAUGUACAGGGAAACAAGAAAGACUGGGAUUUAUCGGCAGACCGCAAUGAUGUGCUUAAAAGUAAAAGAUGGAAUAGUGAGGAAAUAAUUGAGUUCAACAAUGCCAAUUCAAGCAUUCAGGAUGAUCGUUUAGAUGAGGAUGAUGAUCUGAAUGAGCUGCAGCAUUUCAAUCCUUUGAAAGAUAGUUCAACCGUAACUCCAAGCAGUAUUUCCGAGAGCAGCCUCGACAGAAAGUCUAGUAAAUCGCAUGAGUUGCUGACAGGGAGUGGAAAACGCUCCAAGAAACGGGUUAAUAUUCGUACAGAUAUCGACGAAAUCAGUAGUAGGCAGUCUCCGUCUGCUAUAUGUAAUUAUGAAAAUCUAGAAUCGGGGGAGACUAGUAUUCUGAAUGCGGAUAUGGAUCAAUGCAGUUUGGAUCAAUACAACACUAGACGUUCGCAUUCAUCCGACAACUAUCUGACGUUGACAGGCACCAUAAAACGUGGCCGCAAGAAAGGACAGUCUCUGGAUGUACAGCUGAACAUUUCACGAGAAGAACUAGAACAAAUCAACAAGCAAGCGAUUGCUGCUCACGACGAGGCUUGUCGUACAAAACAAAACUGCUGUCAGUGUACACUCCGUACCGGAGUUCACGUUCUAAUUCUCACGAUCCUAUGUCUUCCCUUCGUUACGAUAGCCACCAGUAUUUACUCGUUCUACAUCGGUACCGUCACGUGGUACAACAUGUUCAUCUACUUCAACGAGGAAAAGUCGUAUCUCCAUAAACUAGUCAUGUCUCCGUUGCUGAUAUUGGCAUAUCCACUAGCUAUCACACUUUGCACUCUAGGUCUAGGAAUUUACGCCGGCAUUAGGCAGGUUAGCUUGCAUUUCACCACGUGGUGGAAUGAGAUCUGCGAUAUCGAGAAAGGGUUCUACGGUUGGUUGUGUUCCUUUUUGCACCUUUCCGACUGUAGCCCGUACGAGGUAGUCAUAUUGACGGACAUUUGCCCAACCGGAAGCGUUGGGGUAGGAUCGGAAAUGCCGCUGCACAACGAAUCGCUCCAGAUCAAUUCAUCUACCGAGGAAUUGUCCUUGUAAUGUCGGAAGCUGGGUAUGUUUUGUAUAUACUGUAAUGAAGACAACUGCCGUGAUACUAUUAUUUGUAGUCUGGGUUAUUUCAAAUCCCUCACCCUGAUAUAUUCGAUUUUCCGAAUGCACAAAGAGGUGCGAGGGACCAAUUUGAAUCUUCCCUAGAAUAGUUUGAAAUAUUUGUUUCCAUUUGUAGCAGAGUUUUCGAUUUUCAAUUUUUAAAGAUAUCAAAUCAAUUAUGGAUUACUUUUAAUAUAAUUUAAUUGAUUUUCUAGUGUCCAUGCAUCAAUCAAAACGAAAAAGUUAAGACAUGCGAGAAACACUGAAAUAUCAAAAAUUCUAUACAAAUUCUAGGUAGAGUUAGUGAAUAAAUGAUAAUGUGUCUGCAACGAUAUACAUUUUCGUAUAUAAUACAGUAGACCCCCGAUUAUCCGCUAGCGGAUGAUGGCGGAUACGUUGCGCGUGGAAUGGAAUACAUAAUUUCUCCGUAUCGUCAAUUACCUGAGUCAUUUUCAAUAUUUUUUCCACCUGUUGCAUUUUUGGUCCUUAUCGGAUACACUUCUGCUCAAUGUGCAUUCUCGAUUGGUCCAGAAAAGUCUCCUUAACCAUAUAUCUAGAGGGUCCUUUCCCGGAUGACCCCCCCCUGGUUAUUCAGUACUCACGUGAAUAAAGCGAUCACAAUGGACCAUUCCCAUGUCCAUUCCAUUCCCAGCCAUUCCUUGUCAAACCGAUGUAGUGGUUCUCAGAUUUUCGUGAAAAGUGGUAGUUAUGUUCCUUUUCGCAAAAUACUAGACCUGAAUUUUUUUUUUAUUUUUUCAUUAGGGUGCCCAUUUCCAUUUUAGAGUGGUCCGAAGAAUCAGAUUUUUCCAAUUUUUCCGAAAAUGACUAUUUCUUUCAUAAUUUUUGAACUAGUUAACAUAAUUAGGUGGUCGACAUAUCAAAAUAAAGCCAAUUUGCUAAUCUUGGAAAAAUAUUACACUUGUAAAAAAUUUGGAUUUUGUUUUUGUAAUUAUUGAUUGUGUUUGUUUUUUACGGUUUACAUGACUUUGGGCUAGAGGGCGAUAUAAUUUUUAUAUUUUUUCUUGAAAGCUGAGGGUUUUUUACAUAAUUUUUGACAUAAUAAAUUAAAGCCAAUAAUUUAACCUUUUUAGCAAAAAAAGAAAAAGGUUGAAUUCCAGUCACAUAGAAAGUUAUUAAUUUUUAUAGUGGAAAAAGAAGGGAAAGUUUUUUUGAAUCAUCGGUUAACUUUGAAAAAUCAUUACGCAUAAACUAAAAAUCAGCGAGGCUUAUUUUUGGAUAUGUUAUGUAAAACCUCAGCUUUCAAGAAAAAAAUAUUAAAAAAUAUAGCGCCCUCUAGUCCAAUCGCAAUGUAAUCAGCAAAUAAAAUACAAAUACAAUCAAUAAUUAGAAAAACAAAAUCCAAUUGCUUUUGCAAAUGUAAUAUUUUUCCAAGGAAAACUAGCUAACUGGCUCAGAUUUGAUACGUUGAUCAUCUGAAUUGAACUACUCAAGUUCAAAAGCUCUGAAUUUUUGAAAAAAGUCAUUUUAGGAAAAAAAAAAAAGGAAAAAUUGAUUUUUCGGAUCACCCUAAAAAUACGGGUCUAGUAUUUUGCGAAAAGGAACAAAACUACCACUUCUCACGAAAAUCUGAGAACCACUGUAACGAUUUGAUAUGGAAUGGCUGAUUAUAUAAAUCGAAUCGAGAAGUCGAUACAAUCACUAUCACCGAACGAAAGUUCGUAUUUUGCAAAUCGAGAUAAUCUCUUGUCGAGCUCGAAUUUCAUGUGAAGCAAUUGCAUAUAUUUAAGCGUUUCUGAAUCGUUUUCCAAAGGAAAAUAUCAGGGACGCAAACCAAAACGAAAGAAUUCUUUGACGAUAUGAAACAAGCAAACCAAACAACGCGAAAAAUUCUGACAAUUGCACCGAUAGCUUUCAUUCGGUCGAUGCUAUCGACUUGCUCGGUAUCUAUGAUAGCAAAAUGGAGCUAUCGAGCAAAAUUCUUAUCGACUCGAUUUCUACAAUAGGGCCCAAUAUUUCAAGAUCGUUGCUUUCACCUUGAAGAGAUGCGAUGGAGACACUGAGUUGUUAAUGUGUUCUUGAAUUUCAAUAUGGAGACGCGUGGCACUUCAAAUUUUCAAAUUUUGAUUGCGAUGGAGACGCAAAUAUUGAUAUAGAGCAAUUCCACCCCAAAUCUGCAAAAAAACAGCAAGUUUUGACACGACCCUCUCCGAUUUUAUUGAAACUUGGUACAUAUGAUGGAAACUAUCUUAAAUUACAAUUUUUAUUAUCAUAUGACCAAUUUAAACAUCCAGGACAUCCUUUAAAUAGUGGCACGAAACUAAAUUCAGCCACAAAAUCGCCAGGCCCUUGCUUCAACCGAAGUAGCAGACGCUUCUGUCGACACUCCUUGAUGUAGAUUUUCCCGUUCGCAUUCCCAGUAGUCACGAACGACGCACUCCGUUGACACGUGAGCAGAUCGCUUGCCAAAUCAUGUAUUUCUUGGCAAACUUUGAAAGUUUGCUGUGCGGUGAAGAACAAUAGCCCCGGAAGCUGCCGGAAGUCCGCCUUGACGUUAGUCUUAUCAUCCAUGAUGAGACAAUGGAGCUUCGUCAGCCUCUGAGUGUACAGUUUCCGGACCCGUGCCGUUCGUCAUGAUUGGGAGCUUUCUGCACUUUAUACGUAAGCAGUCCCUCCCGGACCUUGGCUCUCUGAGUGAAAGACUUGGACAGAUUCUACUUUUGGUCACAUCCCUAACCGAAGCAUUGAGUUUUCCGCUUAAACGCUUUCACGACACGAUUUUGAUUUCGAUAACUAAUAGAACAACCAUUCUGACAGCGUUUAUGUUCUUUAUCUGAUAAUAAUUGAAAUACAACUUUUAGAGUGACACCCUCACGUCCUCAGUUCACUAUUUAAACUGAACGUUUUAUCCAUUCUCCUUCAAUAUACACUUACAGUAGAGUCAUUUUCUUAUCAGGGGUAUUCAACAUUUACUCAGCCUUUACUGGUACACCACAACCGCAUUUUCCCGUCCGUUCGAUGCUUAGAGUUUCUUAGUAACGUUUAUUCACACAACUCACCGUUGGCUGCACGAUUCCGAGUUUCCUAUGUCUCGAUGGGAGAGUUGAGGAUUUCCCAGGUGCUCGCGCCAUUUUUUCAAUUUUUUGAAUAACUGACAGCGAUAAAAAUACAGCGUAAACAAUAUACUCUAAACUAUUUCUACUCAAAUUUUCAAUAGAAAAUGACCAAUGGAUAAUUAUCUAAACCAUUUAGAUGCCGGAACGGGCGGAAUCAAAAUACGUUGUCCUCUUUCUUCGUAGCGGGAUGGAGCUCGCAAUACGUAACACCCAUGGAACGUAGUUGCUUUACUGUUUUCGCCAUUCCGUAGUUCAACUGAUAGCGCUGUCAAAUUCAGUUUUAAAACUCAUGGGUUACUAUGAUUGGUGGUGCACAAGUGGUCUCACCACCAGGUGUUAAGGUGAAUGCAUGACAUAGGUCCAUCCGGGUAAUUUAUAAAACACACCGGCUGUAUUUAGUACCCACGCCGGUAGGUCACCGGAUUCUUCGCAUCUAAAGAAACUAAAUUGCAAAAUGGUUGUCUGAAAUAUUUGAAAAAAAUGCAUUCUAAAAACAUGAAUAGGAAUAAUAUUCCGCGAAAAUAGUUUAAUUGAAGUGAUGUAUUGAUGUGAUAUUAUUCAAACUAAUCACCAGGCAAAAGAAAAUGAAAAAAAAACAAUAUGCUAAGAAAAUUAUACCACGGCAAGAUAAUUAAGAAAAAACAAAAAAUAUAUUAUAACUUUAUCAUAAACGAAUGAGUUAGCAAAAAGUCAACAUUUUAGUCUGGAAUAUAAUUGUCAUCGCCACUGGAAUGUAACAUAAUCAAAAAAAAAUGCGACCCGUGAAAUCGCAGACUAUACUUAAUCGAUUGAAAACGUUUAUUAUAUAUUUAGUAAAUAAAACGCUAUUUGUCAUCGA